CCCUCUCAACCCCCCCACCACUGGUCCCCUAACCUGCCUGAUAGAUGACCGUCCCAUCACCCAUUCCUUCCUUAUCAUGCCCUCCUGUCCUGCUCUGCUAUUGGGAAGGUACUUAUUAACCAAGCUGGACACCACCCUCCACUUUUCCUCCGGGGCCUGCACCCUUCUUUUUCUCUCUCUCUCUCUCCAGAUUCCUCAGCUCCGCCCACAGCCUCUCCCACCUUACCAAGCCCUACAUACCCUCUCCCGUCUGAACUGGUAGACCCCCAAGUUUACAUUAAAGAAAUUAUAUGUUUAAUUUUGUUUAAUUCAGAGGUUGUUUAAAAAUUGAUUCAAAGCCUAGAUGUGGAGGGAAAAAUAAAACCAAGAUAGAAGGUAACUAAUAAGGUAAAAAAGAGAUGUAGAAAGGCUAUGAACAUGGAAAUGUAUUUUUGUUAAAAAUAAUCAGCAAGAGAAUAAUUUGUGUGGAGAAGGGUCUUGUGUAGUGACUUUUUGUCCUGGAACAGAAUGGCCGGUUAUCUGAGAAAGAGGAAAUUUAGGACAAAAAAGAAAGCGCAAGUAUGUUGUAGACGGUCUGUAUAGGUUGUGAUGGAGUUUGUAGAAGGAAUUUACGAAAGAAUUUUGUGUAUGGUUGAGUCAGCUAUAAUUAAAGAAAGAAAGGUUUGGUUAAAAUCACAAGGUAUUCCUAAAAUACCAGUUUGCUCUUAAUAAAACCACAAAAGUGUUUUAAUUCUAAAUCUACUGACAGCCAAAAAAGGAGGGACCUACAUCUUCCUUCAGGAGAAAUGCUACCACUAUGUCAAUGACAGGCCCCCUCCAAAGUUCAGCUGUCCAAGCCUACUGUCACAUACCUUGGACUUAGUCUCACCCCCACUUCUCGACAUCUCACUGUUGUUCACCAGCAGGCUCUUCGUGACCUCCAGCCUCCCACCACUGCUAAACAAAUUCUGUCCUUCCUCGGGUUUGUUGGUUUCUUCUGACACUGGAUCCCCAACUUUUCUCUCCUUGCCAAACCCCUCUAUGAGGCAGCACAGGAUGCCUCUGCUGGCCCUCUGUGGAACCCUCAGACUGUCUGCCACGUGUUCCUAAAACUUUGCGUCUCUCUCUUACAAGCACCCCCUCUAAGACUCCCUCAUCCUGAAAAACCCUUUAACCUCUCCACGGAUGAGCGCCAGGGCCUGGCCCUCGGCGUCCUCACCCAACCUCUGGGACCUACUCCCAUUUCCACCCCAGUGGCCAACUUAUCCAAACAGCUAGACACCACGGUCCGUGGCUGGCCACCCUGUCUCCGCGCCUUAGCAGCGGCCACUACUCUCCCCAGGGAGGCCCUGAAACUCUCCCUGGGACAGAACUUACAUGUCUUCUCCACCCACCGUUUACAGGACCUUCUAACUCACCGCUCUUUAGCCCUCCUCACUCCGUCUAGACUACAGCAAUUCCAUCUCUUGUUUAUAGAAAAUCCCACCAUUACUUUAUCUCAAUCCCCAACUCUAAACCCUGCCCCUCUGCUCCCCAUUCCCUGCCUAACCCUGUCCUCACACUCCUGCUCAGAAAUGGUUGAAGCCUCCACUACCCCGAGACCUGAUCUGUCAGAUAAGCCACUCCCAACAGGGGACUUAACUUUCUUUGUUGAUGGCAGCUCUGUCACAGGUGAGGACGGCAAACGCCGGGCAGCCUAUGCCAUUGUCUCUGCCUCUCAGGCAACUUCUCUGGGCCCACGCAGACAGAUACCUGCCUCAGCCUCCAGAGACCGACUCGAUAUCUCUCACACGGAUAUCCUCUACCCUUGAGACCAGCGUUGCAAAUUAAAGUCACAGGCAAAGUAUACUAAAAAAAUAUACAACUAUUACCCUUCAGCGACUAUUCAUGUCAGCCGUGAAUACGUCCUGGCCCACCAGACACAGGUUCAAAUACCUAUCGAUAUUCUGGAAGCAGAACAAACUCUAGCAGGACAACUUUCCUCCCGCCCUAAACAUCCCCCUCUUACCUCCUGGCUAAAUAUUAUUCAACAUACCCUCGCCUUCCUAAACUCCUCCAAAAUAAUCUCUAAUGUCUCCCACUGUUUCCUCUGUGCCUCCCUUCAACGACCGCCUACUGGCCGCUGUUCCCGUAAACUUUUCUAACCCCUAAAAGAUUCCCUCAUCGGGUCCCUCCUGCUCCACUCCGCUCACCCGAGUUCCCCUAUGGGACCCUGAGCCCACAGGCCAACCUUACGCGGAUCGUAUAUGCUUUCUCACCACCCUCACUGACCCCAACCUACAACUUCAUGGACACUGUCUCACCAACCAUACUGUGACCACGACCACCUCUUCUGCUCCAGGACAGCUCUCCUGGUACAAUGGAACACUUACCUGCUGCGUCAAUACAUCCACCCCGGGUCCUUGUUUCCCUGUCAUGGUGGUCCCUCAAUUAACUCUAUAUGGUGAGUCUGAAUUCGGGUGGCUUCUCAUGAGACCCCGCUCAAAACGAGCCAUCUUCUUGCUGCUCAUGGUGGGUCUCAGCGUGGUCUCCUCCAUCGCAGCCUCAGGGCUUGCGGGAGGCGCCCUGGGCCACAGUGUCAUUUCUGCCCAAGACUUUGCAGAUCGCCUACAGCUAUCCCUGGAAACCAGGUCCGCAUCACUAGAUUCCCUGCAGAGACAACUGACUUCUCUGGCUCACGUAGCUCUCCAAAACCAGAGGGCCCUGGACCUAUUAACGCCUGAGAAAGGAGGAACCUGCAUUUUCCUCCACGAGGAAUGCUACUACUACAUCAACGAGUCAGGCCUUAUGGAACAAAACAUAAACAAACUCGACACCCUGAGCGAAGAGCUACACAACCGCCACGGGCAGAUUUCUCCAACGCCGCCUGCAGGAAUUAUCCAGAGUGACAGUAAACCAGAUGCUUCUUCAUCCCUACUCUCCUCUUCCAGUCACCCUCCACCAGCCGACUCCGGCCCAAAGCCCCUACUACGCCCCUCAAAAGCAGGAAGUAGCCAGAAAGACCGCGGCUCCCUAGUAUCACUAAAAGGCCGGAAUGUAAGGCUGGUGGCAGGUACCCCUCCCUCCCUAAUGGAAAAAAGAAGAAGCCCCUCCUAUCCCUCAAUACCCACCCCAAAGCUGAAACAAAUUCCUCACUCCUCGCACCUACAUCUCCUGGCCGAAGCAGCUCGCAUCCCCCAGUCCUAAGAACCUAUAUAAACCCACUCAGACUGCUGGGCAGCG